AUGGCUUCGCACCUCAUGCGGCUACCUAUGCGCGUGCUCGGUCGCCCCCGACGCAGUAGUCCAUCGCAAAAAGACCAGGAGCAAGAUAUACCAGAGAGUAUCAGCGGGAUACGUGAAGUAACCGAGAAUAUUGAACACCCAAGAGCUACCAUUAUCUUUAUCCAUGGACUUGGGGGCCAUCCAGUGAAGACAUGGGAGAUUCCGUCAGCACAAAGCGACACAUUCUGGCCAAAAGCCUGGCUUCCGCAAGAACCAGGUAUGGAAAGCAUACGGAUUUGCACUUUUGGCUACGAAAAUACUCUGAGUCCAAAGGCGUCAGUUUGCGACAUCGCAAAAGCUCUCCUCCAGGGACUACUUACAAGCAAAUUGUUGGACACGCCGAUCAUCUUUCUGUCCCACUGUAUUGGGGGACUUGUUGUCAAGCGGGCAUACAUGCUGGCGGUGCAUGACCCUAUGUACGUUGAAGUUGCCAAGGUAAUUUCCCAGGGAGCUAUGGUCUUUCUAGGGACGCCGCAUCGCGGCUUCGACAACAUUGCGGCAGUUCAAACUGUCCUAUCUAUCAAAAUUCGAUCCAAAAAACUGCGUGAUGAGCUGAAAGCCAAGUCGUUUGGCAUAUCGUACAUCAACGAGAACUUCCGACAGCGUGCGAACGACCUUACCUUGUGGUCACUCUACGAGAGUCGUGCCACCAAGAGGACUGGGCUUGGGCGCGGCGUAAGAACUAUGCAGAUGCUAGUGCAUCGUGAAUUCGGCGUCAUGGGGUACCCCAACGAAGGAUCAGCUGGCCUUGACGGUGAUCAUCGCUCCAUUUGCAGAUUCGGGUCAAGAACAAACUCUGUCUACGCUACCAUUACCAAUUUGUUGACGCACAUCAUUGAAACAAAGAUUUCCAAAACUGGAGAGCCCUUUCUCAACUUGGAUAGACAGCCAUCACUUGAUCUUCAACAGCCCGCGCACUUGAAUGAAACCAGGAUCGAGCCACCAACUGCGAAUAAGAGGCGGAGGUUCGAGACGAAACGAUUGCGCGAAAUUUUGGGGGAGCUCGACGCCAAUGAAGAGACCUUACUUUCCUUCCAGGGUCGGAGAAUCUCUGAAGAAUCGUGCCAGUGGAUAUUUGACAAGACUUUUUUCAAAUGGUGGGCGGACUCGGCCCUUGUGAAGCCAGGCCGAUAUUUGUGGCUGUCUGGCCCCCCUGGAGCUGGCAAAUCGGUGUUAGCUAGCGCGAUUGUCGACAAGUUUCGAGCGCAGAAUAGACCGACAGCCUUUUACUUUUUCCAGCGAGACAAUGUCUACGGGAGAAGCACUCGAGCUCUUCUAUUGUCUCUCGCGGCUCAAAUGGCAAUGUUCUCUCCCGACUUUGCCCAGAGGCUGAUCGAAAUCGAUGCUCACGAAGCAGCGAUCAAAAGCAUGCCUACACGAGUCUUGUGGCAGAGAUUAAUGAUCGAGAUACUCUUUAUGCUCAAGGAUCCGGUCGUCGACAAAUUGUGUUGGGUUAUCGAUGGCCUCGAUGAAGCUGAGACACCGUCCGAAGUGAUCGAUCUUAUCGGCAAGAUUGAUUCUCAAACUGCCAUUCAUGUUCUUUUUACGUCAAGAGUCAGCUUGUGCCUUAAUCGUAGCUUCGAACUCAUCGUGCCGCACCAAGCCUUACAGCAGGGGCAGAUCGAGGCUGCCGAUACACAGGCCGAUAUGGCUGCUUACGCUCGACUCAGACUUGACUCUCUACCAUUCGAACCGGAAGAUGUAGAUGAAAUAGUUGAUCUCGUCGUGUACAAAUCGCAAGGAAUUUUCCUCUGGGUCCGAUACGCCGUCGAGGAAAUACUGGCGACAGCACACACCAUCAACGACGUUUAUGACGCACUGGAGGCGGUGGUCGGAAAGAUUUCACCCGUCUUGCAGCAGAUCCUGGAUGAAAUGGCGCUGAUGCGUGAUAAAAACAAGAAAAUUGCCAAGGCAAUAUUAGAUCAUGUUGUUUGCGCCGAGCGGCCCAUGAAGGCAACGGCGCUGCAAGCUGCUCUGCAACCCGCGUUUGGGCAUCUCGCGAGCGUCAACUACACUAUUACACAUGUGUGUCCGCAGCUCAUCAGAUUGGACGAGUCCUCUGGACUGGUGCAGCUCAUCCAUGAAAGUUCGAGAGAUUUCUUGCUUCAAUGCAAAAACUCGGAGUUCCAUGUGGGUAGUCCACAUACGCUUCAGCACCUACGCCAAAAGCGUCGAGCUGCCGACAAUGACGAUGUGUUUCUUUGUCUCAUGCGUAGCGGCGGACACCGUCCUCGCUGA